UGGUGUUUCAGGGCCGUAUAUCCAGAUGGUAACAGGUUCCCAUUGCUGUGCCACUGUGCUUUUGAGCAAGAAAAUACACACUUAAUGAAUCUAUGGGAGAACUAUUUAUUUACAUAUUCUGAGUCUGUUAGUAAUCGAAUAUAGCACGCGCAGUUAUUCUGUUUGCGCUAAAGUGCCAAAAUGCGGUUUAAUUAAUGGUGUUUACAAGCAGCACCACCGAGGACCACCUUAUUUUAAAGCCGACGUGGUGACAGCUGACAGCUUUACACUUGAAUGUGCGUCCACAGACCUCAUCUUCGUGACACCUUCAUCGUGCUGAAGGGGAGUGAGUGCGGGAGCGCACCGACGCACAGCCCGCUGCUCCCCACCGGGGGGGAGUUUCAGCUCUGACAGGAUGUCACAGGUUUGUCUGGCAGACGACACGGAGGAGCACCGGGGGGAGACAAGAACAGGGACUGUCCAUGACCAGUGACCAACUGCUUUGGGCGAUCAGUGGUCUCCUUGAGCUGAUUGACCAUGAGGAGAUGCUGCCUUCAGGUGCUCAUGGAGAAAUGUGAGGGAGACUGAGCUAACACAGGAGACACCACUCAGCCUACCCUUUCAAGGACAGAAGUACUUGGCACCUCUCAUCUAAGCAUCCAGCUGUGAAGGGAAGGUGCCCUGAGGCCGAGCCAUGGGCUGCGGGGGGAGCAGGACCGACGCCCUGGAGCCUCGGUACCUGGAGAGCUGGACCAAGGAGACGGAGUCGACGUGGCUCACCAGCACAGACACUGAUAUCCCCCUGUCGUCCAUCCAGAGCAUCCCCUCCGAGGGCUCUGAGGCCUGCUUCACCUCUGAGAAAACAAUCACCCCUGUUCCAGAUUUCUUCGAGGACGGACUCCCUCUUCCCGCUCAGGCUUACCUGAAGGUCUGUUCGGCCGUGUCUGAAGCCAGUCUGAACGACGUGAGGCCCAGCAGCCCCCCUGCAGUACUGGGCUCACCAGCGAAGGAGGCGGUGCGGCCUUCGUCUGGCACCACAGUGCAGCGCAGAAGUGUCCUUCACACUGAAGAGAUUACAAAAUGGCAGGACAACCGGAUGUCGACCAAGCAGGUGACCAUCACGGUCACACAGAGCAUCCAUCAGGUGGACAAGAACGGGAAGGUGAAGAAGUCCCUGACCACCUAUGAGGUUAUGAAACCUGUGGAAACGCUCAAACAGGUGGCCACACAAAACACCUGAGUGCAAGAGAGACUGGAAGAAGCCAAAGAUAAAGAUAACUGUGAUAUUAGUGAACUGACGGUAUUUUUUGGGGAAAAAGUCUGAUGUCUGAUGAAAGCACAAGCAGGACGUGUGACUUUGCAGUGAGACUUUAAACUGGACAAUCUGGUCAUAUUGAACAAAUGGCUCCUCUUCUUCAAAAUUAAGUUAAUCUAGGCUGUGUUGUACUUAAUACUUUAAGAAGUAUUUCUGUAGUGCCUGUUGCAGUUAUGUUUUCCUGUAUUUUGACACACUGAAGACACGUGAAACUGUAUGUUGGUCAAGACAAAACAUGACAUUUUACAAUACGUGCAGUAUCAUACCCAAAAUAAAUGAAGCCACGGUAUACCAGAGCAGAGAGCCAAAUCAUGAAAGCAGAAUUAUUACUUGGCACAACUGAUUCAGAAACUAAAAGCUACUGCAGUAUUAUUUCACAUCGCUGAAUAUUCACAAAUUAGAAAUAUUUUCUAGUUUUGUCAUGACACACAACACGUAGUUGCUGCUGUGCUACAAUCUGUGUGGCUCAGCGAACUGAUGUGAUGAUUGCACUAAUUACAGUGGAGCCUGGACAGGAGUUUGUGAUGACAAUGUAAACGACUGUCUUACUACAUCGUGCUGUUUUGUACAACACAGUGUUCAAUUUUCUUAUCUAUUUGUUUGUGUUUUCCAAUGACAAUAAAUUGAACAGAAACAUUUAAA